ACCUGCCAAAGCUAUCGUGUUUAUCCAGCUGGCUGCUUCCGACUGACGUCUGGAGACGAUAUUAAUUCGGAUUACGUCUGCUUUGGCCCAGGAUUCGUCUCACCUAUCCAGGCUCUUGCUUCUCCGCUUCUUUGUUCCUUUCUUUUUUCUUCUUCUUCCUCCCCCUUCCUUUGCUCUCACUCCUGAUCCUCGUGCUUCUUGGGUGGAUUCGGUCAUCAUGGCGGACAGCGAGUUCUCCCCCAAGUUCGCUCCGUUCUUUUCCUUCGCAGGUAUUGCGGCAGCUAUGAUCUUCGGAUCAAUGGGAGCCGCAUACGGAACGGCGAAGUCAGGAAUUGGUAUCUCCGGAGUGGGAACCUUCAGGCCGGACCUGAUCAUGAAGUCCUUGAUUCCCGUUGUCAUGUCCGGUAUUAUCGCAGUUUACGGCCUCGUCAUCUCGGUCCUCAUCGCCGGUGACAUGGAUCCUCCCCCCAACAAGCAUAUGAGCCUUUACACUGGCUUCAUGCACCUUGCUGCGGGGUUGUCGGUUGGCCUCGCAGGCGUGGCUGCCGGUUACACUAUUGGUGUUGUUGGAGAUGCGGGUGUUCGUGCGUACAUGCAACAAUCUCGUGUUUAUGUCGGUAUGAUUCUUAUCUUGAUUUUUGGCGAGGUUCUUGGUCUCUAUGGAUUGAUUGUUGGCUUGAUUCUCAACUCCAAAAGCUCUGGCUGAGCGGGUUCUGCAUGUUGCGCUUGGUGUUCCCGGUUCUUGGCCACUCAUGUCCACCAUGGACGUAAUUUUGUCCCCUAUAGGAAUACUGCUGUACAGAUGAGUGCAGCCAGAUUGCGAUCAAGAAGCAGCAAUUCUGCUUAUUGUCUAGGGACCAUUCAGUCGUUGGCGCUGGCACUGGUAUUGAUGCCUUUCGUCCGGGGAGGUCUGUUGUCUUGUACUAGUACAUUGCUGGAGUGUUGAAAUAGCAUAUACGUUACUUGAAAUGUCAUUAUAUCCCUCUCUA